CAGAAUACGGGUAGGAAAACAAGACGGUUGACUUUAAAAUAUGAUGAAAGCGUUUGCUCGCUACGUUUCACACACAGCCAUGGAUUUCGGUUAUAGCAGCACGCCUUUUUUGUUUUGGGCAAAAGCAGUGAUUGUGUUAUCCAUGUUGGUGGCUGCUAAUGCAUCCAGUGAGAACGCUAAGACAGUGGAGUUCAACGUUAAACCGGGAGGUGUGGUGCAUUCAUUUACUGAGAACAUUAAAGAAUAUGAAUGCACAUUCACCUAUGCGUCUCAAGGAGGUACCAAUGAGCAAUGGCAAAUGAGUGUGGGUUUGAGUGACGAUGACAGGCUCUUCUCUUGCUCAGUAUGGAGGCCCCAAGGAAAAUCCUACUUGUUUUUCACACAGUUCAAAGCUGAGAUUAAAGGAGCGAAGAUUGAAUACGCCGGUGCAUAUUCCCAGGCAGCUGUAGGAGGUUUAAAGGACGUGGCUCUGAAGGAAGAAGAGUACAUAAUUGGUGACUCCGCAGUGACUCACAAAGAUGGAAAAUUCCGGGCUGAGCUCUCCAAAUUGACCAUAAUCGGCAGGACACGUCACGACGAGCUCUGAAUGGUUGAACUCUGAGAUGUUUCUUCUUACAAAAAAAGGAAAUAAAUGUAUGGAUGUGGCUGUAGUCCCCAAAGCUCUCUUACCGAACUGUUCUCUAACCAAAGGAGCAAAGGAGAUUUAGCCAGAAGAAGAGAUGAAAGAUGUCCUUUUUCCUCCUGCUGUUGGAUUCCUUCCCUUUGAAAAACAAGCAUUAGUGUCAUCUGCCUCUGCCUGAAGGGAAUUUAAAAAAAUCACAAGGUUGUUGUACUUUUCUACCACACUUUGACAUAUAAAUAUAUUUUCAGUUUCUGUUAUGAUCUGGUAGUGUAAACAGUUUUAAUAAAUUCAUUUCUUCCGUUA